AUGUACAACCAGGCUGACCUCGAUCAAGCAUUUAAUUCAUUGCAGACAGUAGACAACUCUUCUCCAUCUCACCAUUUGUCUCAAACAAUUCCUCAACAUAACUUUGAUCAUUCAGAAUCUCGAGAGGUCUCAGAUCAUCCCUCCUAUGAUCUCUUUUCAAACAAUAAUAACAAUUUUGCCUCUCAGCGGUACCGCGCCAAUUCAUCUUCCUCUUCGUCCCUGGGUCCUCCUUACGCCAUGAGCCCAGACGGAGUAUACUCGCAUGCAUCCUUUGGCGACUCUGUUCCAUCAUUUGGCUCCAGCAACACCUACGACAUCAUGAACAAUGUUUCGUAUUCCAGUGGGAAGGUCUCUCCAUUGACACCCAAUGACGCGAUGACUGGCAUCCAGCAAUCUCCGGUCUUCCCCCACUCCUUGGGUAUAAACGGACACCAGAAGGACUUUUCCAACGGCCACGCAUACCCGGAACUCCUCAACGAUCGCCGUGUUUCCGGUGUUAGCGGCGCUGGCUAUCACAAUGACUUCUCCGAUGAUUAUGGCAUGAACGGCGGUGCAGGCUAUCCUCCAUCGGCCCUUCAACCAUUCCAAGAUCGCAUGCGCUUGCAACCUGACAGUCGCUUUCCCCAUUCUGGCCUACCUCCUUCGGUCCCUUCGCAUAUGGGACACAGCCCUGAUAUGUUCCGUGGCGUUGCUCCGCAAGCAACGCACUCGUUCCGCCCUGACUCUGGCCUUCCUGGCUACGACGACGUGCAAUAUUUUGGAAACCCUCAUGCUGAUAUGUCCCUCCGCAUGUCCAACAUUGGGGAUGGUUUUCCUGGGAUGAGAAACGGGCAUCCUGGUAUGGGCUCCUCCAAUGACCUUCAGGCUUUCAUUCGACCCUACCUCGAUCAAUACGUACGGACGCCAAACCGCCUCGCGUUUGGCGAACGCACUGUCAUUGUCAUGUCGAGCAGGGUGGCGCAAAAAUCAUACGGCACUGAGAAACGCUUCCUCUGCCCCCCUCCAACGGCAAUCAUGAUUGGCAACUCUUGGUGGACUGACGUGAUACGCCGCGGGGAAGAGCCAAAACUUUGCCCUCCUCGUGUGACCGUCUGCAUAUCGGGUGAACCUGUGCCUCAAGAGGGUUCCAUCGAGUGGACGUCCGCCUCCGGCAAGAUCUUUGAUGUAAAUGAUGCCCCUACAGGCACAACAUACAUUGGUCGCUGCGUCGGAAAGCAGUUGUUCAUCAGUGAUGUUGACGAGAAGAAGAAAAAAGUCGAGGCGCUUGUAAAGAUAACUGCUCCAUCUUCUGACGAUGAGCCUGAACGCGUUAUCGGAACUUUCCCGAGCCGUCCUAUCAAAGUGAUCAGCAAGCCAAGUAAGAAGAGACAGAGUGCAAAGAAUCUUGAGCUAUGUAUAAACCAUGGUUCAACGAUUUCACUCUUCCAUCGUCUGCGUUCUCAGACCGUCUCGACGAAGUACCUCUGUGUCUCCGGUUCAGGUUCCUCUUUCAAGGGUUCUGACGGCGCCCCUUUAAUGGGGAUCGAUACUCGUGCGCGAUCUAGCACGCCAUCAUUCAUUGCACGUACUGCUAGUUGGGAUCCGUUUGUAAUGUACAUUGUCGAUGUCAACAAACCGGCCGGCGGAAUUGAUACCCCUCCCCCACCACCUCCACAACCUGACUACCCUUCACCUCCACCAAAUGCCAUUCCUUUCACCAACAACGGCACCCAAAUACCAAUCUAUUACAACCAGACAGUGGUGCUACAGUGUCUAGUCUCGGGCGUCGUAUCCCCCGUCUUGAUUAUCCGGAAAGUUGAUCAUCAGACGACAGUAGUUGGAGGAGGUCUUCAAGAAGGCGCAAAGGGUGUUGCAGACCACUAUUGCUCACCAGGCGAAGUGUGUGGUGACCCAGUCUCGCAGCUUCAUAAGAUCGCCUUCGAAGUCUACGACUCAACGAAGGGCAUGCCUGAGCCUGGAACCCCCGGUACAACGGGCGCGUUCUUGUCGUGCAUGGGUGAAAAGGUUAAUACCUACCGUCCAAUUGAGGGUCGGCUGUGGAACAACCCGCCGAAUGCAGGGUCAACAUCCCCUAUCCUUCCUGGAUCUCCCGUAGUUUCAACACCAGCGUCCAUGUCGGGCGCCGAUUAUUUCGGGCAGGCUACUGCAAGCGAGCCAGCAUCACCGUCUUCAUCAAAUGAUUUUUCAAAUGACGGCGGGCGGGUGAAGAAGGCGAAACGUUCAACAUCAAGUGCCGGUGUUAUCAAGAAUCCAGGCCCGAAAGGGCGGCGGCGCCCGACCUCCGCCGGGUCUGCGUCUUCUGGACGUCGCGGAUCUUCCACUGACGCCGGCGCAUCAUCGGGUGCACUUUGGCAAGUGGAUAUAGGCGAGACGAGCGUCUGGACUAUUGUUGGCACAGAUCAAGUGCGAUACAACUUCUAUGUACCGCCCGUGUUGUUCGACAACCAGAAUGCGCCUCAAACAGGAUCAUUCCCAAUCCCGUCGAAGCCCGUCACUCCAUUCCCGGCAGUGGUGAAAUACCUUCCUCCUGACCGUGCUGCGGAGGCACCAAAGUCUAACUGCGCACAAUCGCGUGGCGUCUUGUCGAAACCUAAUCCUCACAUAUCAAAAAUGUUGACUGUAUACGGAGAAAACUUCAACAAAGCAGACCCAGUACACAUCUUCUUCGGAUCAGACCCUUCGCCAUAUGCCGAAGUGAGGUGCACCGAGGUGUUGGGCUGCCUACCUCCAGAAAACCAAGUUGCGAAACGCCGCCCGAUUAUCAUGAUACGACCUGAUGGCGUUGUAUUCCCGUCACCUGUUAUGUUCCCUUGA